GCGGGGGGCGCGCGCGGCUCCGGGCGCGGCGCCUGCACCAUGAACUACCAGCAGCAGCUGGCCAACUCGGCUGCCAUCCGGGCCGAGAUCCAGCGCUUCGAGUCGGUCCACCCCAACAUCUACUCCAUCUACGAGCUGCUGGAGCGCGUGGAGGAGCCGGUGCUGCAGAACCAGAUCCGGGAGCACGUCAUCGCCAUCGAAGAUGCCUUUGUGAAUAGCCAGGAAUGGACGUUAAGUCGAUCUGUCCCGGAGCUCAAAGUGGGAAUCGUGGGUAACUUGGCCAGUGGCAAGUCGGCUCUGGUACACCGGUAUCUGACCGGCACGUACGUCCAGGAGGAGUCUCCCGAAGAUAUGGAUGCAGGUGGCAGAUUCAAGAAAGAGAUCGUGGUGGACGGCCAGAGCUACCUGCUGCUGAUUAGAGAUGAGGGGGGUCCUCCAGAGGCGCAGUUUGCCAUGUGGGUGGACGCUGUGAUAUUUGUCUUCAGCCUGGAGGAUGAGAUAAGCUUCCAGACCGUUUACCACUACUACAGUCGGAUGGCCAACUAUCGGAACACGAGCGAGAUCCCUCUGGUUCUGGUGGGGACCCAGGAUGCCAUAAGUUCCACCAACCCGCGGGUCAUCGACGACGCCAGGGCGCGGAAGCUCUCCAGCGACCUCAAGAGGUGCACCUACUACGAGACGUGUGCCACGUACGGGCUGAACGUGGAGCGGGUCUUUCAGGACGUUGCCCAGAAGAUCGUGGCCACGAGGAAGAAGCAGCAGCUGUCCAUAGGGCCCUGCAAGUCGCUGCCCAACUCCCCCAGCCACUCGUCUGUCUGUUCCGCGCAGGUGUCCGCCGUGCACAUAAGCCAGACCAGUAAUGGAGGCGGGAGCUUAAGCGACUAUUCCUCCUCCGUCCCGUCGACGCCAAGCACCAGCCAGAAGGAACUGCGAAUCGACGUCCCCCCCACUGCCAACACGCCCACACCUGUCCGGAAGCAGUCCAAGCGCCGCUCCAACCUUUUCACCUCUCGGAAAGGGAGUGACCCAGACAAAGAGAAGAAAGGCCUGGAAAGCCGAGCGGACAGCAUCGGGAGCGGUCGAGCCAUCCCAAUUAAACAGGGCAUGCUGCUGAAGCGAAGCGGCAAAUCGCUGAACAAGGAGUGGAAAAAGAAGUAUGUGACCCUGUGCGACAACGGCGUGCUAACCUACCACCCAAGUUUACAUGACUACAUGCAGAAUGUUCAUGGUAAAGAGAUUGAUCUUCUGAGAACCACUGUGAAAGUCCCAGGGAAGAGGCCACCCCGAGCCACGUCAGCCUGCGCGCCCAUCUCCAGCCCUAAAACCAACGGCCUGUCCAAGGACAUGAGCAGUUUACACAUCUCACCAAAUUCAGGGAAUGUCACUAGUGCGUCUGGGUCUCAGAUGGCGAGCGGCGUCAGCCUGGGCUCCUUCAGCGGCCGGCCGGAUGGCAUGCAGCAGCGCUCCUACUCAGUCUCCAGUGCCGACCAGUGGAGUGAGGCUACGGUCAUUGCAAACUCGGCCAUCAGCAGUGACACGGGGCUGGGCGACUCCGUGUGCUCCAGCCCAAGUAUCUCCAGCACCACCAGCCCCAAGCUCGACCCGCCCCCCUCCCCUCACGCCAACAGAAAAAAACACCGGAGGAAGAAAAGCACCAGCAACUUCAAAGCCGACGGGCUCUCCGGCACCGCUGAAGCCAAACGCAAGGCUUGGAAACUAAACCGUGUUGGUAGCCUGCGAAAUAUUUACAGCAGCAGCAGCACCAACACCGAAGAACAAGAAGAAAACUUUGAGUUUAUCAUUGUGUCCCUCACUGGCCAGACGUGGCACUUUGAAGCCACCACAUAUGAAGAGCGGGAUGCGUGGGUCCAAGCCAUCGAGAGCCAGAUCCUAGCCAGCUUACAGUCAUGUGAGAGCAGCAAGAAUAAGUCCCGGCUGACGAGCCAGAGUGAGGCCAUGGCUUUGCAGUCGAUACGAAACAUCCGCGGGAAUUCCCACUGCGUGGACUGCGACACCCAGAAUCCUAACUGGGCCAGUUUGAACUUGGGAGCCCUCAUGUGCAUCGAGUGCUCAGGGAUCCACCGGAACCUUGGCACGCACCUUUCUCGAGUCCGGUCGCUGGACCUCGACGACUGGCCCAUCGAGCUUAUCAAGGUGAUGUCAUCCAUUGGGAAUGAGCUGGCCAACAGCGUCUGGGAAGAGAGCAGCCAGGGGCGGACGAAACCCUCGCUGGACUCCACAAGGGAAGAGAAGGAGCGGUGGAUCCGGGCCAAGUAUGAGCAGAAACUCUUCCUGGCGCCGCUUCCCUGCACGGAGCUGUCCCUUGGUCAGCACCUGCUGCGGGCCACCGCCGACGAGGACCUGCGGGCUGUCAUCCUGCUGCUGGCGCACGGCUCCCGGGAGGAGGUGAAUGAGACGUGCGGAGAGGGCGACGGCCGCACAGCACUGCACCUGGCUUGCCGGAAGGGGAAUGUGGUCCUGGCGCAGCUCCUGAUCUGGUACGGGGUGGACGUCAUGGCCCGUGACGCCCACGGGAACACGGCGCUGGCCUACGCCCGGCAGGCCUCCAGCCAGGAGUGCAUCGACGUCCUGCUGCAGUACGGCUGCCCCGACGAGCGCUUCGUGCUCAUGGCCACCCCCAACCUGUCCCGGAAGAACAAUAACCGGAACAACAGCAGCGGGAGGGUGCCCACCAUCAUCUGAGGACCACGCACCCAUCUGCCCGCCGCACCCGGGCACCCACAGCCUCAUACCCCCUCUUGGAAGUCACGACACGUGAGUCCCAUCACGUCCCCACUCUCCUCCUGGUGGCUGCCCGCCCACCCGCCCUCACUCCACGCGCAAAUCACAAAACCUGACCGUCCUCCCUGGGGCAGAAGAGGAGGCCAGGAGGCUGCCGAACGGAUUCCUUUUCAUGAACUCCCCUAACAACAAGCAGGACCCACCGGCGGGCCUUGGUUUGUUGAUGAUAGCACACGGCGAGGGACCCUCCCUUCCCCCCCUCCCCCCGCGUCGGGCGGCCUGUUGACACAGAGCCCUGUAGACACAGAGCACGGCACAAGGGACGGGGACGCGAGGGGGAGGGUGGGCAAGGAGCAAGGGGAAGGGUAACUCUCCUUAACUGGCAGUUAAGCACAUCAGUACAUUUCACCUCUACCAAACGGAACACUUGGAUUUCAUCUCCUCUCCGAGGAGCUUGACGGCAUAAAUCAGAAGCAAGCAGAGUUUGUCAGGUUUGAAGCCCCUAUGAUGGUAUGUGUCAAAUCAGUUGUGGCUAAUCUGUCCGGGGAGAAUACUGGCUUCAUUACACUUGUAUAGUUGAGUUCUUCCAGCAUUACCGCUGUUUAAUAGAACAUGAUUAGUCAUCACCGAGAAGAAAGCAUAUUAGCCGAGGAGGUAGUUACGCAGCACGCUCUGAUGAUUGCCACGAUGUGAUUGCAAUACUUCUUAGAAGCAUCGUAUUAUCCCAGACAUGUUCUUUCGAGCCCUUGGAGCCCUCCUUUCUAAAUUCACUGUCAUAAUUUAGUAUCUGUUUAAUUUUUCAGUCCAAAGAGGGGAAACCAGUUGCUGAGUAUUAUUUGACUGGAGUCUCCUUGGGUGCAAAAACAAAAUGGAAAAAAUAAAUAAGAGUUAAGUCACAAAUUCAAAAGGAAAUCAUAAAUUCAAGCUAAUAAUAACAUUUUGAGGCCAUGUAGUGAACUAAGUCAAUGCAUAAAAUGCUUUUUUUUUUCCACCUCCCACCCCCCCGCCACACCCCCAAAUAUGAGAGAGCUUUCACUCCCUUUUGCUAAGGUGGCUGUCUCGGCCAGUCCCGAGCCACACCGGAGUGUCACACAGGCUUCUGUGUCAUGUCUUUAGAUAAGAUUGUGAAAAUCUAUUUGAAUAAAAGAAGUUCAUAAAUAUGCAUUGAUUUUUGUACAGACAAAUGGCACCUCUGUUAAUUUAUAAAUUGAACUGGAUGUGAACAAAUAGCAUGCAACUAGUUGAAAUAAGAGGGUUACAGAUCAUUGUACCUGGGAAACACUCCCAGCAGCAAACACUUCCAUUAAUGUGAUCGACAGCUUUUAAAAAGGAACAUAUCAGAAGAAGACGGUGGUACAAUUUGCUUAUUAAAAUCGAGAAAGGAAAAAAAAAAAGACACUUAGAUGCCUAUGAGAGAGUGGGGGAAGGAGGCAUGUGAUUUCUCAUUAUUUAGAUCUGAUACCACUUCUGCAGGCCCAGAGGAAGGGGCCCCGCGGAGAAGCCGGGGAUGAUUUUCUGAAUACCAGACCCGGGUGCUUUUGCGGAGGCGGGUCCUGACCGGCCACCCACGGUUCUGUGGCACUGGCUGGCCCCUGACUUGGUGGCCAGGCCCUCCGCCUCUCCUUCAUUGGGUCACCUGGCCUGCCGUCGUCCCUGUGUCUGUGGCUGCCUGAGACCCCAGCCACCUUCAGCAUGGUGGGCAAACGCAGUAAACCAGGUCAUGACACCUUGGGUUUAAAACAAGAAGGGGUGGCUGUGCCUAGAGCCCAUUAGCAGGUGUGACCUGGGAGAGGUCAUCCUACUGGGAAGGCGACUCUGGACCGCUGUCAGCACAGGAGCAGGGCCACGUCCUCCCGGCAGCCUCCAGGCAAGUUCCUUGCUCUCAUAUAUUAAACCUUCUAUUUUCUAAGAGUUUUUCUCUUCUUUCACUUUUUAAAAAAAAAAUUUAAGUAGGUGGGGAAAAAAAAUAAAUCUUUACACUGAAUUUAUAUGUGGGUCAGUGUUUCAUGGACAUUUGUAACCUUGAUUCAGCUGCGUGGAACCCAGCAGGCUCCAGGAAUAGGUACAGAAGCCACGAGGCUGAGAGCCUUGACACCAGGUCCCUAAUCCUCCCCUCCAGCCCCGAUUUUUAAUUCUGUGUUUCAUCACUGUGUAGUUAUUUUAAAUGUGAAUAGAAAAAAAAUGUCAUUGCCUAUUUUUGAAGAACACGUUACUGUGCUAACCCAGCUAUCCACACUCGCCUCCGCACAGCCUUUAGCCUAGACUUUACAUAGUGAACGCAGAUAUAGUAUAAAUGAAAUUCUUAAAUUAUUUCAUUGUAGCUAAUUCCCGCUCUAGGAAUGCUCUAUCAUAUAGCAAAGCCUCGUUUUGAAAAGAAACGGAAAAUUCCUUGUAAGGCUUCUGAGAUGUAUAUGAGUGUGUACAUAUUAUUAUAUGUGUUUAUAAUAUAAUAUUUUCCCAAACGACUUUUUUUCACGUAGCCUUUCACAACCUGAAUGCUAGAUUGGUCUGGUUUGGUUUGGUUUUUCUCUCUCUUCUCUCUCUCUCUCCGGCAUGGGGACUUUAUGGAUUCCUUCUCAGAAAACUUGACCCUUCCUCUGCUAUUUUUAGCAACGUUGAUCUGCUCCAGGAGGCAGCCGGCUUUCCUGAGCCUGAGUUUGGGCAACAGGGGAGAGGUGGUGGUGGAUUUCAAGGGUCGUUCUCCAAAUAAAAGUGACCGGUGGCUAAUCUGUAUUUCGGCGUCACACCAGAAGGCCUUUCUUCGCCUGUACAGUGCUCACACUUCCAUCCUAAAGCCUUGCUCUCACACCAAGGUGGGGAAGAUAAAGCCAAGGGCUGGCAUUAGAAACAACCAGUUUGGGAAGGGGGUCGUGUUGUUGUCACUGUUUUUUCCCACGCCACGGAAGGUUCCGUGAAGUGACGGUGAUGAGAAGACACCACUGCACAGUCCACAUAGCCUUUUCUAUUCAGAAUUAAAGUUCCCUUAACCUGAAGUCACCUGCUGCGGAAGGCACGGGUGCAUGUGGUCACCAGGGAAUGUAGCAUCACGAUCUGGCGGGGUUCCUGCAGGGGAAGGAGCCUUGAUUCCGUCUCCUGUCGUCUCAGGAGAUGAGCAGCCUGAGGGUGCACAAGUGACAUUUUCAUGAGUCUUUGACCCCAUGAGCAGGUGCAGUUCCAUGUGUCCCAGUAAAAGCACGUUGCAUAUAAUUACCCCAGAAAGCAGGGGAAGGCAGUGGGGGUGCUUGUCGAUCACAGGGCUGCCGAGCGCCCUUGUGGGAUUGCUCUUGACCAGAAUCCUACAAGCCCAUUCUCUGCCCCUGAGCCCAGGCAGUGGGUGGCCCUCCCAGGACCUGUGCCGGCCGUGCCUUUCCACCUGUCCUCUGGAGUUUUGUCUAGCCUGCUGAGGUCUGCUUGGACCCAGCCUCUGCCGUCUGGCCUACAGACCAGUCUGCCCAGUUUUGUAACAUCUGCACACUUCCUGUACAUCUGCAGAGGAGCGGUCACAAACUUCAUUAGGGGAGAGCAGACCUGGCUUCCCUGGGCUCUGUUGCCCCUCCCGUGUAGCCUUGGCCAGGUACCCAGCUCUGGGCCUCUUCUACAACAGUGACACUGGGGUGGUCUCGCAGGAUCUGAUGACCAGUUGGUUUCCAACCAAUGUGAUAAAUGCCAGGGGCUGUAUGCUCAGGAAAUGGGAGUGUCCAUUAGGAACAGGAAUGCUGAUAGCCCCAAAGCCAGGGCACGUGCCUGGAAGGCUGCCCCUCGACGCUGGCAGCGCAUCCUCCAGCCAGUGCCCUAGGGAGUCAGCGACAGCAUGUUUGCCAGCCCCCCGAGCCUCCGGGCCUCUCCUCUGCCGAGCCAGUCGGUGCCCUUCCCCACCCCCAUGUGCUGGGAGCAGUGUCAGAGGAGGGGGUGAGGCUCUCUGUGAGCCCCUACUCCCAAAGAGCCCCUCCCCCGAGGGGAGAGCCACGCUGCCCACGUCCUGACCUUUAUCCUCCAUUCCUGUUGUCAGAGUUCGAUUUCCCAGAAACAAAGAAAACGUUGAGUCUUACCCUCGUGCAUUCGCUAAGGUCACCUUAGGCCCAACAUUGACCACAUCUCUGCUACACCCUGUGGUAGACAGGCCUCCGUCCCUUCAGAAGCCGCCAGGAGGCUGCUGGGACACUCCCCACACUGGGUUCUCCGAGCUGGCUGGAGAGCACCAUGCUGACGGGGCUCAGGGCUCUACGGCCUCCCUCCCCGUCAAGGCCGGCGUUCAGCUUCCCUUGGGCCCACGCUUGGUGAAUACCUCUUCUCCUCCAGGGUGGCCGUUGGGUCCUGCCCGGCCCCCAGCCCGCACUGCGCUCAAGGAUGUGGAUCCCUGAGGCUCCAGCUCUGCCAAACCUUCCUUGCAUUUAGAAUGCUCUGGAAAUAACUCCACAUUCCCACCUAGGGAGGGUAGAGGCUCCAAAAGUAAGUAUGCUCAGACCUCCAAAACUUCUCGAAAGGCAAAGAUAAUUGGAAAGCAAAUCCAUUACCCCUCCACCGGCUGCUUUGCCCUCCCCCAUCUGCUCUAUUUCCAUCCCUCACGCGCCCCCCAAGGUCGGUGUGACUUUCUAGAACUCCCCUGGAUUGUAUUUAUGUCCUUCAACAAACAAAUUGAAAACCAGUCAGGAAGGAAUUCAAAUAGCAAUGUGCUGAAGAUACACAUCUUUCUUUCCCAGGGAAUAUAAUUUAUCUCUAACUCCCUCCUCGAACGUGGGUUUCACACAUUGUGAAGUCCUGUCUUCAAGUGAUUUUCACCCUCAUCCUUCACCAAAAGCUACAUAAGGGCCUUUGGCAUCCAGGCUCGGAUUUUUCACUUUGGACCAUUAUCGACGUGUUGCUUUCUUGAAUUCCCAAGUGGCUUUCCUCUGGAAGGCCUGUGGUCAGUGAGUCUUCGGCGUGGGCCCCGCCACCCCGGCCAGGGCCCCCGGGGUGUGGUGCUCACAGUGGGCAGGGGGCUGGCGGUGGGGUCGCCCCCACUCUGCUCCGUGCCCUGCACCCUGACGGCUCCUUCGCGGUUCAAGCAUCUAAAUCAGGUGGCCUUUCAGUCAACACGUUGAAUUGCUUCCAAUUUCGCAGAAGAGAGAAGGGGGCGUGGGUUGGUCCCUGGAGUAGACGGGAGUGGUGUCUGGCUUUUCUCUCCACUGCUGCCGGGAAAGCACCCCUGGGACCCAGAAUGGCCAGGACCCUGGAGAGGAGAGAACAGCAGGGCGGCUCUGGGGGUCCACACCCCCCACACUGGGCCCCUCCCCCUUCCCCUCCAGGAAGAAAGGACACAGAACAGGUUAGAAUUCGUAUUUCAAACACACGCAUGUUCUUCCCCUUAGAGGAGAAAGGCUGUCCUUACAUAGAUUUUUUUAAACAAUAUUAAUGGAUUCCCUAUUGAAUGUUGGAUGCCUACUGCUUUUUGAACCUAGAUUUGGCACUUCUUUCCAGUUCCAGUUGUUCCGUGUGGGCCAGAGGGGAAAUUAGAGAACAUUCCACCAGCACAGGAUGCUAUAAGACCAGAAAGUCUGGUUUUUAGCCUGUGAUUUUUAAAACGCCCAAGUUCCAGAAGUAGUUGAGUUUCACAAGCGUGGGAAACACGCUCCCGAAGCAAGGAUUCAGGACGGCAGAUUUGAAAACCCCUCAUUUCCGCACUUCACUUGCGGGGGGGGGGGGCGGCAGGUGCUGAUUUUGCUGUCAAACGACAGCAUUUGGUUCUGGGGCUUGCACCUGGUUGGUAAAAAUGCUUUUGUCCGAGGGCCCCCAUCCCAUCCAAAGGGCCUGCGGUGCCAGGAGGCGGGCAGGGGGAGGCAGGUGUGCCCAGCGGCGCCCCGCCGUGAGCUGCCCCUGCCAAGCAACAGACAAGCUCGGGGGUUUAGCAGGUGUCACCCUGUGCCGGGCACUGCAGGGUACGUGCAGGGCAAGCCGCCUUCGUCGGGGGGGGGGGUGCAUGGUGCGAGAGGUCAGCCCAGGGCUUGUGUUCUACUCUGGCCUGGUGUGUGGCUUCUGUAGAGAACGCCCCCGAGGGCCCGGGGGGUGCCAUAUGAUAGAGACUCGCCUGCCAAAGUGAGGGCUGCCUAGGGUUCACUGUCAGCAGGAACUCCGUGUCCUUCACCUUGAGACGCAGGUGAAAGAAAAGAACCACAUAAGACGUAAGAGCUUCGAGGAAUCUUCCAAGCGGAACGCUCAGGUGUCGGGAGCAGCUGCCCCUAAAUCAGAGUGUGCCCUGAUCCCCCGGACCAGAUUGUGGCCACGGUGCCCGGGAAGUCAGCAUCUGGGCCGGCCCAAACUCCAGUAACGAGGCGGGUCACCAACCCCCAGGAGGUCACGUAGUCGUGCCUGAUGCCCCGUGUAAGGUGGUGCGUGUCCCGGCUUGAGGAAGGACGUCCUGGGGCUGUCCGCCCCUGGCCGGGCACCCGGGGGUAGAAAUCCCGAGUGACAGGCCUUUUGCCAGAGGCCGGGGGGGCGCCCAGCUGGUGACCACUGCUCCCAGCCCUGCGGCCGCCAUCCCGCCACAGAAGACAGAGGGGCCCAAGGGCGCCGGAGCUGGAGCCAGGGCGGGAGCUCGCCUGCUGACCCUGCGGGAGCCCGGGGCACCCUCCGGCCCCAGCCCCGCCCCCGGGUGCACAGCAGGGGGCCACCGGGCUGCUCAGGCGCCCAGGCAGCGGGAUGCGUAAAAGGGCUUUGCGGCUCGUCACGCGGCUCCAGGUUGGAAAACCUGCCUUCCUUAAACCUCAGGAGCACCCCCGUUUCCCUCCUCCCAGCUGGGCUUCUGUGCUGAGCACGUGCGCCUCUUGAGGCUGCCACCCCUGCCCUGCUCUGAGCAGCCACGUGCUGGGGACGGUGCCCUGCGCCCUUGACCGAGGCCGCUCCACGGGGCCCGGAGGGAGCGGCCUCCCCAGGCCCAGGCCCGGCCGUCGGGUGUCGGGAGUGCUUCCUGCCCCACGUGGCCCCGACUCUCCUGCCCGUGACCCUGAAUCGGGGGUGGGGGGUGCUCGUGUGGCAGCUGGUGUGCUUCCCAGCGGGAGCCCGAGCGGGUCCAAGGUGACGAGGGAGGCAUUUCUGGGAGGGAAACAGGGGACACCGAGUCUCUGCCCCCCGCAGCACAUUUUUCUGUUUCUGUAAAUAGUGAUGUAUAGAAGAUGGAAGAGCGGCCUGGGGUUUAUCUAGAGGUGGGUUUGGUUUCUUUGGGGUUUUGGUUUUUUUUUUUUUCUUUUUUUUUUUCCUUCGGUUGUUUUUAUAUUACCUCAUUCAGCAAGUUUGUUUCACAAUGACUCAAUGAUGCUUUAUUUAUAUUGUUUGUACUGUAAUUAAAACCAUUGACAGACAUUUCACUUUGCUUGUUAUUUCAUAUGAUUUUGUUUUGAUUAAAUAUGCCAGUUUGUAUUUUCCUGCAUUGGGAUUUUUUUGUGUCCGCUGUACAGUAUUCUAAGGGGGGAGAAAAAGAGAAAAAGAGAAAUGUGUAAAGUAAUGGGGAGAGGUGGCUAUAGUGUAGAGACCUCUUUCUAAUAAAGAAAUGAAAAUAUGUCUA